AGUACAGCCAGUUAGGUCAAGUAGAAUGCGUUGAGUUCCCUCAGUAUCAGAACUUGUGUGGGGAACUCUUCACUCUUGGCCUAACCAAAACCAGACCUGCCUUGCCCUUAGAGUCCAGCCGGUUAGGUCGAGUAAAAUGCGUUGGGCUCCCUCAGUAUCAGAACUUGUGUGGGGAACUCUUUGCUUUUGGCCUAACCAAAACCAGACCUGCCUAGCCCUUAGAGUCCAGCCGGUUAGGUCGAGUAAAAUGCGUUGGGCUCCCUCAGUAUCAGAACUUGUGUGGGGAACACUUCGCUUUUGGCCUAACCAAAACCAGACCUGCCUAGCCCUUAGAGUCCAGUCGGUUAGGUCGAGUAAAAUGCGUUGGGCUCCCUCAGUAUCAGAACUUGUGUGGGGAACACUUCGCUUUUGGCCUAACCAAAACCAGAUCUGCCUAGCCCUUAGAGUCCAGCCGGUUAGGUCGAGUAAAAUGCGUUGGGCUCCCUCAGUAUCAGAACUUGUGUGGGGAACUCUUUGCUUUUGGCCUAACCAAAACCAGACCUGCCUAGCCCUUAGAGUCCAGCCGGUUAGGUCGAGUAAAAUGCGUUGGGCUCCCUCAGUAUCAGAACUUGUGUGGGGAACACUUCGCUUUUGGCCUAACCAAAACCAGACCUGCCUAGCCCUUAGAGUCCAACCGGUUAGGUCGAGUAAAAUGCGUUGGGCUCCCUCAGUAUCAGAACUUGUGUGGGGAACUCUUUGCUUUUGGCCUAACCAAAACCAGACCUGCCUAGCCCUUAGAGUCCAGCCGGUUAGGUCGAGUAAAAUGCGUUGGGCUCCCUCAGUAUCAGAACUUGUGUGGGGAACUCUUUGCUUUUGGCCUAACCAAAACCAGACCUGCCUAGCCCUUAGAGUCCAGCCGGUUAGGUCGAGUAAAAUGCGUUGGGCUCCCUCAGUAUUAGAACUUGUGUGGGGAACACUUCGCUUUUGGCCUAACCAAAACCAGACCUGCCUAGCCCUUAGAGUCCAGCUGGUUAGGUCAAGUAGAAUGCAUGCAAUUCUUGUGGAAUGUUCUUAAAAAAAAUUAAAGUUUGUUGAGUUUGAGAUUGAAUAUGGAAAUAACUGUCUUUUUUAACUUAAAAUUUUGAUGAAAUUGCAUUUCUUUUUUAUUUG